AUGGGACCUGUCGUGCCAACCAUUGAUCUCGUGUUGCACAAAAAAGAUGUGGUUUGGAGGAUCUUUGGAUCAAAUUCUAUGGUUAGGAUUGUAAAGAAAAGAGGUGUUGAUGUGUUGCGCUUGCCUUUUGUGGAUGAUGGGCUUAGUCCUACCACACCAGAUUCAACUUGGAUUGGCGGUCCAUCUAUUGUUAUUGGCGGGCAUCAGUUGGAGGAUAAUAUGCUGCAAUUUGAUUUGGAGUACAAGAAAUUGGGUUUUAGUUCCUCAAUUCUUUCGAAAGGAACUAAUUGUUCCAAUUUCAAGUUUUCUACCAAGAAGAACGGGAAGAAACUGAGGAACGCAAGAACAGAACCAGUUACAUGGCUGGAAGAAAUUUGGGUUCGGAUAGCAGAUGAUUUGCGACCAAAGCUUGUGCCAGAGUUGGGAGCUUGGACAGCGCAACAGCUUUUAAAAUACAUGUGUGCUUGUGAAAAAAAUCCAGAUAUAAUAAUAUACUCAACUUUGGUUCAUGGGUUCUGCAUACCAGGGAAUCUUGAUGAGGCAUUGGUGCUAUUUCCAGCGAUGCAAAGGGGUGGUUCGAAGCCUCACUUGCUGAUUUGCAAUAUCCUUAUUGAUGGAAUGUGCAAGUUUAGGAAGAUUCAAGAUGCAAAGGGACUGUUUUCUAGACUGCCUGAUCAAGGGUUUCAGCUUGAAGUUUAUACAUACAAUCCAUUAAUUGGUAGAAUGGCUGCUCACCCCCAACGAAUGCACCUAUAA